CUCGAGGGAGCGCGGGGCGGAGCCGACCACCUGUGCGCGCCGCCCCGGGAGGAGGUGCCGCUCACUCGCCCCCGCCGCGGCCGUCGCCGGGGAGGCAGCGCCGUCCCGCGCCCCCGGACCGCUCGCCAUGAAGCCCAACUUCUCUCUGCGACUGAGGAUCUUUAACCUCAAUUGUUGGGGCAUUCCCUACCUGAGCAAGCACCGGGGUGACCGCGUGAAGCGCCUGGGAGACUUUCUAAACAUGGAAAGCUUCGACCUAGCUCUCCUGGAAGAGGUGUGGAGUGAGCAGGACUUCCAGUACCUGAGACAGAAGCUGUUGCCCACCUACCCCGCCGCACACUACUUCAGGAGUGGCGUCAUUGGCAGUGGCCUCUGCGUCUUCUCCAAACAUCCAAUUCAGGAAUUCACCCAGCACGUCUACACCCUCAAUGGGUACCCCUACAUGAUCCAUCACGGAGACUGGUUCUGUGGGAAGGCUGUGGGUCUGCUGGUGCUUCAUCUAAGUGGAUUGGUACUCAAUGCCUACGUGACCCAUCUCCAUGCCGAGUACAAUCGACAGAAGGACAUCUACCUAGCACAUCGUGUGGCCCAAGCUUGGGAACUGGCCCAGUUCAUCCACCACACAUCCAAGAAGGCCGAUGUGGUUCUAUUGUGUGGGGACCUUAACUUACACCCGAAGGACCUGGGCUGCCGCCUGCUGAAGGAGUGGACAGGGCUGCAUGAUGCCUACCUUGAGACCCGGGACUUCAAGGGCUCUGAAGAAGGCUGUACGAUGGUACCUGAGAACUGCUACGUUAAUCAGAGGGAGUUAGAGCCAUUUCCCUUUGGCAUCCGCAUUGACUAUGUGCUGUAUAAGGCAGUUUCUGGGUUCUACAUCUCCUGUAAGACUCUGAGAACCACUACUGGCCAUGAUCCUCACAGUGGCACCCCCCUCUCUGAUCAUGAGGCCCUGAUGGCUACUCUGUGUGUGAGACACAGCCCCCCUCAGCACACCCCCAGCGCUACUCAUGGACCAGCAGAAAGGUCACGGUUGAUCAGUGUGUUAAAGGAGGCCUGGGCAGAGCUGGACCUUGGCAUGGCUCAAGCUCGCUGGUGGGCCACCUUCGCCAGCUACGUGAUGGGUCUAGGGCUGCUCCUUCUGGCAUUGCUGUGUGCUCUGGCAGCCGGGGGAAGGGUCAGGGAGGUUGCCAUAAUGCUCUGGACUCCCAGUGUAGGACUGCUGUUGGGGGCAGGUGCAGUCUACCUCUUCCACAUGCAGGAAGCCAAGGGCUUAUCUAGGGCCCGGGCUGAGCUCCAGCAUAUGCUGGGAAGGGCAAGGGAGGCCCACGACCUGGACCCAGAGUCUCAGGCAGCCCUGUUCCUGGGACAGCAGGAGGGGGACAGAUCUGAGGAACAAUAAAGCUUGACACUUUUGUG